AAAAGCACAGGGCUUGCACCUGAAGCUGACCUGAACUGAACAUAUGGAGAAAGCAACUCCUGCUAAGACUAUGGAUCAAGAAAGCAAGUUCCAUGUUUCAGGCAUGGCUUCUUUACCAGUGAUGUUUUUCUUCAUAAUUCUCCUGUUACCAUCCAUGCUCACCGAAGGAAGGAUUCUGACACAGACUCAAAAAGAACCCACCAUAUCUGCUGAUCACCAGAAAAAUCCCAAGGCUGUCACACUUGUCUCCCAAAGAGAACCAAACAUUCAAGAGGACUUUGAGAGGAUGCUCUGUGCCAUCGAUUAAGAACAAACUUUGUUUGAAGACCUGGCCAAUGGUAACCAAAACAAGUCUUGGCUAAAUCUCACUAAAUUCUUGGCUGCACUGAGCAAAUGUGGUGCUCAGAAACAACAAGUGGAUAGAGAAAAUUUCAGAAUUAUGUCCCAUAGGCCUCAAGAGACAAGAGUUAAGCACCAACAAGGCAAUUAUUUCAGGCUAGUCUUCAACUCUUCAGAAGAAUACUUAAACUUAGUAACAAAUUUGCUGUCUCCCAAAUAAGGUUAAGCAGAAGGCUCCUAGUGUCAGAACUGCUGUGCCUUUUACUAGGCUUUCUCUCAAGUCCUACAUCCUAUUUAGUUAACCAAACAAAUACAAGGAAAAUGUAGACUGUCAAUAAACACAAAACACCAGUGUCUACUCCGUAAAGUUAGGUACUAAAGGAGCCAGAGAGAGCCAAAAAGAGGUCUGACCAGGCAGCUGGGAAUUCACAUCUCUUCAGAACUAAUAGCCUAACCAUUCUAUCCUUAAAUAUAUGUGUAAUUUUGUGGCAAGAUUCAGGGUAAAUUCAUCGUGAGCCAAUAACUCUUCCAUGCUGUAGUCUGAGCAAUUCUGAAGGGAAAUGUUUUAUGCUUCCAAUUAUUUAGCUUUGUAGUUAUAAAAACUUAAGUAUCAUGGUUUUUCUCUUUAUCUUCUUUUGGAUAAUUUCAUUAAAUUAUAAGAUACCUGUCAAUCACACUUCCAUCGCAGACUCUUUUAUUAUUUCUAUCUAUUAUAAACUAAACCUCUCUUCCAAAUAAGUCAAUCUCUGGGUUCAAGAUGUUUGUUUGUUUCUUUCUUUGUUUCUUUGUUUAUUGUCUACAUUAAAUUUUAACAUCAAACAUCUUCCUUUACCUCAAAUCUUAUAGUAUAUAUUCAUAAAAUAUAGCACAUUGUAGAUCACCAUGCAGAGAUAUUUUAUAUGUUUCUUUAGUUUGAUCUCUCUGGCUCAAAAAUAAUAGGGAUGAUUGGUAGUAUGGUUUUUUCCACCAUACAGGAC